GAGCAAACAGAAAAGAAAUUGCAUAGAUUCACUAGAGCUUUUAGAGCUUUCCCCUCUCUUAUCUUGCUCUAUUUUGGUGAAAUCAUGUUCUGGACCACUAAUUUCUUGAAACUUUUCUGCUAUUAACCUCCGUCAAAAUAUUGCAAAACAUGGCUUCUAUCACCGAUACUGAUGCUAGCCCGCCUCCACUGGCAUUAACUUGUACCAUUUUCAACCUUCCAGCAAAAGACUGUGCGCGCUGUAAGUCUACCGCCUACUGUUCUUCCGAAUGUCAAACCCUCGAUUGGCCUCUCCACAAGACCCUUUGCAAGAAGAUCACCACGAUGUCUCCCCGUCCAAGUCCCACCCACAAACUCGGCAUUUUGUUUUCUCCCGACAGUGAGAAACCAGAAUUAGUAUGGGUGAACUACAAGAAGAUCGAAAUUCCUGGUGUCGAAGGACAGUUUGAACUACCGGAUGUCGACAGGUUCCUCACUUACGGCUCAGGCGAUUCUUAUGAUUCCGAACAACUCCUCGUUGAGCCUCAGUUGAUCAUGCGAGCACGAAACAUCAAACACACUCUUGCCGUUUACAUGCGGGAUAAUUUUGGAUCUGACGGAUCAAAGAUGACGCAGUCUGCAAGCUCAAUUACGGCUGGCAAGAUGAAGCAUGGCUGGAAGGGACCUCUCAUUGUUGUCGCUAUGGAGGGGCAGUCUGUUCCUCAGGGCAGAAUUUUGAAGAUAGGCGAAAUGUCUAUUAGCUUUGGAACUUUUACUGCUUUUCAAAGGAGCACUGACAUUGCAUUAAGAGAUUUCAGGGUUAUUCAUGAUUACUUUCUGGCUUAUCCACAUGGAUCGGAGGGUGAGCUCACGCUGAAGGAUCAGCAUGGAAGCAGUAUGAUAUAGUUAUUACAUUGAGAGAAACCUUUCAUAAAUUGGGUAUUGCCAAAUAAAGGAUUUCGUAGCAAAUUCCA